UUGUGAUCCUGACAUAUCGAAGGCAGUAUAUCUUGUAUAAGAUUCUCAAUGCACUUCACAAUCUGCCAUUCUUGGACCGUGUAGUUAUAGUGUGGAAUGACCUCUUCACUCCUGUAAAUAAAACGAUAAUUCCAGAGUUACAUGUACCAGUUUAUGUUGUUGCAUGUGGUAAGAACAGUCUAAAUAAUCGAUUUUUGCCAUUCGACAUUAUAAGAACUGAUGCAAUUUUUAGUCUAGAUGAUGACUUCACUCUACCACAGAAAAACAUUCUUCUAGCUUUCCGGAUUUGGAGAGAGAAUCGUGAUCGACUUGUUGGCUUUCCAGGGCGAUACCAUUCUUGGAGUCAAUCUGAAAAGAAAUUCUUGUACAAGGGGGACUAUCAAGUGGAUGGAAUAUCUCUUGUGUUAACUGGUGCCUGUUUCUUUCACAAGCAUUACAGUUACCUUUAUACAUACAUGAUGCAUCGAGCCAUCUACAACUAUGCUGAGAAGAAUUUUAACUGUGAAGAUAUUGGUAUGAACUUUCUUGUUGCUCAUGUGAUAAGGAAACCUCCACUCAAAGUGACAAAGAAACGAGGUUUUCCUUGCAAAUAUUGUGGGAGGAAAAGCAUUUCCACAAGCGAAGGCCAUAAGUUCAAAAGAAAAUAUUGUUUGAAUUUUUUCACAAAAGUCUAUGGUUACACACCAUUGAUAUUUACACAGUUUACAAUAGACAAUUAACCAUAAAAGCAUAGUUAUAACUCAAAGUUCUUAAAUGAUAUAUGAGCUAUGGUGUGUAGCUAAGAAGAAAGGUGCCACUCUAAAAGAAUUAAUUAUGUUAAUUACCUUGCAUAUGUAAGCGAAAGCAGUGUAUUGUAAUCACUCGUCUUCCUUUGUCUGUGUGUUUGCCAAAUUACUGGAAAUCGGCUGAAUGGAUUUUCACCACAUUUAGCAGAAAUACUCAUUGGGUGAGUGGUUCAAAAUGAUGAACAUUUGGUUUGAUUCAAAAUUUUUUUUAAUUUUUAAAAAUUAAACUUACAGAUUUCCCAAUAAGUGGUUGCAUUAUUUUAUUCACUUUCUUUUUCAUAUGAAUCGACCCUCGUCUGCAUGUGUAAAGGUCAUGGUGUACCUAUGCACAUAGAUACAUGUGCAUACAUGCAUAAAUAUAUACAUAGAAAUGAGGCUGUGCAUGUGUGUGUGUGUGUG